AUGUAUAACGCAGCAUCCUUGUAUUCGCAACCCAGUACUACCCAGCAGGCCACGGACGAAGUCAUCGCGGACUCUGAACCGGAGAGAGAGGGGCGUCGCCAACGUGACAAGCAGCUUAAGAAACGCGGCAAGAAGACUAAGCAAUCUAAAGAAGAAGUCAUCGAAUUGACGGACAGUGACGUUGGGUCUGCAGCGCCUGCGACGAAGGGCAUUCGCGCCAGAAUUAUCAUCGAAGUUACGGCAACUGACAACCGCGGCGCCGAGAUCCCUGAUGAUGAUGAUAACGCAAGUGAGACGACAUUCCCUUCAUUGGGAGCACUGCUCCAAGAGCAACUGCCGACCAGACGAGACCCGACUCCUGGCGCAGCUGUUAACCAUGACAUCAACACAUCGGGCAACGAGGAUGAAAAUAUUGGAUCAAAAUUGAAACAGUUUGCAUAUAUCCUGCCUCCCAGGCUGUCGCGGAACCCCUCUUUAGCGCUCAGCUCUCGCUCGGGAUCUAUAGCAAGUACAAGUAGGCCAAAGCACCCGUACAAAAAAAGCACGCCGCAGACUGCCUACCCCUUCUCUGCUGAGUUCUCUGACGCUGAUAUGACGAGGCUUCGCACAUGUGUUGGCUGCGAGUGCGCCUGGACCACCCGGAAGACAGUUGCUCAAAAGCUUAAGCACAUACGUACCUGUGCGAAGAAGAGGGCGCUGACAAAUGAGACCAUUACAAUCCUCAUACGAAAGGAGCUGGAUAAAGCACCUCCCACAACUAUUCGCGAGGAGCCACAGAUACCCGAAACACUACUCGAAGACGUGAUGCAGGAUACAGGUGCGAAAAGGAAGGGCAAACGGAAGCAAGUGGCAAGCACUGUACAGACUCUGGCAGAAACUCGCGGCGGCAUCCUUGGUAGGGCUCGCGAGAUGCUGGGCAAUUCGCAGCCUCGGCUCUCUGCUACCUCAAACGACAGUAUUGCUUCCAGUCGACGCGCUCACCCUGCGAUGCCUCCGCCAACACAAGCAUUUGGCGAAAGUAGCUUGAUGCGCCGCCAGGUCUCCGACGGCGAGCCCGUACAGCAGAUCGCAUUUGCAUCUACUCAAGUCUUCGCUCCCAGUAAACUUGCUACCUCGCAAACUACGACCUUAAACAACUCCUCACCUCGCGCUCUGGGCUCUGAGGCCGCUAAAAUGCCACCGCCAACUCAAGCUUUCGCUUCGAGCUCGAUCGGAACAACGACACGCUUCAUGGAGAUGACGAGUCCCCCCAAUCCUUCCUCUGGGACCCUGGCGUCAAGCGCAAACGCAGCCACUCAGAUGCCGCAGUUGGUGAACACUGACUCUCCCGCUGUUGAUUCACGAUUAUCUGACCCGAGCCACGAUCCCCUUCAUUCCACAACGUCCAACACCCUGUACUGCAACGAUGUUGGCAUCGCGGGGGGCUCCGCUUAUGAUGUAUACUACGAUUACGAAAAUCAAGCUCGCUGGAGUUUCGAUGACGCCGUUAUGCACUUUGAUCCACAUCUACCAGCUGCUGGCCGAUACGAAGUCUCAAAGUCAGCCACGCCAGGCCCUUCGACCCAAUUAGAAGCGCGAGAAGACUUGAUCGGAUGGCUUGGAGUGCAUGAAGCUGAUCAAGAUGGCACAGUCUCGAACAACGAGAUUCAAUCGCUGAAGACAGUGAGGCAAAAGAAAGCCCAGUCAAAGAAGAAACGAGUUGGAGAAACAGGCAGUGCAGAACCCGAAGUAGUCUCACCCGCCGAGAUCACAGAGACCGAGUUUGACGACAUGGGACCCCGCCUUGCAUCUGCGCGUCUUGCGUUACGAGAUGGCGAAGGAUCUUGGCUUGCUGCGUAG